AUGCUUCAUCUGGGUCCCUCUUCGAAUCACCUGUCUUGUGCGUGUGGCAGGCUGGAGGACCAGGGCAAACGGGUGGAUGAGCUCACCACGCUGUUGAGCCAAAAGGGAUUGGAGUGCAAGGAGGCUUCCCAGAAGCUGCAUUCCGUGAAGGAAGAGAAUAGCAAGCUCCGGCGUAGGCUCAAGGCGACUGCUUUGGCUCAAAGCUGCGAGGCAGGCUCGGCAAGCCCGGACCUGCGGGAGGCUCUGGCUCGGGCGGAGAGGCAGCUGCUGGAGAAGAAGCAGCAGGUGGAAGUGGCAGAGGCUCUUAACGAGGAGCUCAAGGAACAGUGGGCGGGGCUGGGGGGUUUGGCGGAGAGGCUGGAGAAGAAGCAGCAGGUGGAGGUGGCAGAGGCUCUUAACGAGGAGCUCAAAGAGCAGGUGAAGCACCUGACGGCCCGGCUGAGCCAGGAGGAUCUUCAGGUGUUUCGGCAGUCCUUCAAGGGGCGGUUGGCAGCAGCGGAGCAGUGUAUAUCGGAGCAAGAGCAGAAGAGCAAAGCGCUAAGCCAUGCUGCAGAGGCACACAUGGGCCUAGGGGAGAGAUUGAAGGAGGUGGAGGAGGAGUGUGCGAGAUGGAGGGAGAUUGCUAGAGAGAGUGAGAUAAUGGCGGGUGGGGCGGAAGAGGCGCGUAGGCUUGCAGUGGAGCAGCUUGAAACGAGGAUGCGGGCGUGGGAGAGUGAGAAGGAGGAGCUGGUGCGGAGAAUGGAGGAGUUGGAAGAGGUGGAGAGAGAGAAUGGAGGGAAGGAAAAUGAGGGAGUUGAGGAACGGUUGAGGAUAGCAGAGGAGGAGAGGGAGGAGAUGCGGAGGCGUCUAGAAGAGGCUUUGGAGGCUUGUUCUGAGAGUAAAGCUCUAGUGGAUGCUAUUGAAAAAUCCAGGGAAGGGCUUAAGCAGGAAGUGCAGGGGUUGAGUGAGAGGUAUAGGGAGGUUGAGGGGGAGUUGGUGAGUGUGAGGGAGAGUGUGAGGGAGCGAGUGAGGGAGGCGGAGGAGGCAGUGGAGGAGGCGAGGAGAGAGUGUGAGGAGAUGCGGAGGAGGGUGGAGGAGGGGACGAGGGCAGAGAGGGAGAGGGAGGAGGAAGUGGAGAGGCUUAAGGAUCAAGUGACGGAGGCUGUAGAGAGGAAAGAAGCGGCUGAGGAGGAAGCUGGGUUAGUAAGGCAGGAUUUGAGUGCGGUGCAGAGGGAAGUGGAGAGCGUGAGGGAGGAGCUAGAAGCGAAAGAGAGAGGGAUGGAGGAGCGGGAGGAGGAGGUGAGGGAGCUUGAGCAUCAGAUUGAAGGGCUUCAGGAGGAGUUGGAGAGGGAGAGGGAGGCCGUGAGGCGGGUAGAGGCAGAGAAGCAGGAGAUUUCUCAGAGGAUUUCUCAGGAGAUUUCUCAGGAGAUGAAGGCUCGGGUUGAGAGGUUAGAGGAGCAGGUUAAGGGUCUUGAGGAGGAGGUGGAGAGGGAGAGGGAACGAGUGGUGUGUGUGGAGGUGACGCUUAGGAGGAAAGAGGAGGAGGUGCAGAGCGGUAGAGAGGAGCGGGAAGGGAUGGAAAGGGAGAAUGAGAAAAUGCGGGAGAAGGUGGAAGAGGAGGUGAAGAGGAGAGGGGAGGCGGAGGGGAAAGUGCGUGAGGUGGAAGAGGAGAAGAGGAGAGCAGAGGAGGAGAGAGAACAGGAGGUGGAGGGAUUGAGGGGAGAGGUUGAGAGGCUUGAAAAAGAGUUGGAGAGGGUUCGGGAGGAGUUGGAGGGAGUGAGAGGGCAGGUGGUGGGGGAGAGUGAGGUGAGGCGAAGGCUGGAGACCGUUGAAGGGGAGUAUGGGCGGCUUAGGCUGGAACUUUCGACAAAAGUGAGGGAGGCUGCAGCAGAGAGAGAAGCGAGGGAGGAGAAGGAGCGAGAGUUGCAGGAAGUAAGGGAGGCAGCGGUGGUUGCGACUGAGGAGUGGAAGAAGGAGUUGGGAGAGGUUGAGAGGGUUAUGGGGGUGAUUCGGGAGGAGCGGGAGGCGGUGCAGAGGGAGUGUGAGCGGUUGAGGAAAGAGGCGGAGGAGAGGGAGGUGCAGGUGAGGUUGCUGGAGGGGGCAAGGGACGAUGUGGUUGCUGCGAUGGGAGGGAUUCGGGAUGAGAAGAGAAAGGUUGAGAGGGAUAUGGAGGAGCGGAUUGAAGCUCUGAAGGUGGAAAUUGAGGAGAUGAGGAGACGGGGGGAGGAGGAGCGGGAGGCGAGGGAGAGGGAGAGGAAGGAGAGAGAGGAGGAGAGGAAGGAGAGGGAGGAGGAGAGGGAGGAGGAGCAGCGAGUUAUGGAAGGGGAGAGGCGGCAGUGGGAGGAGGAGAGGGAGAGGAUGGAGGAGGAGAGGGGGAAGAUGGAGCAGGAGAAGGGACGGAUGGAGGAGGAAAAGGGGAGGAUGGAGGAGGAAAGGAGGCGAUGGGAGGAGGAGGUGUGUGCUGCGAGAGAGGCAGCGGAGGAGGCAGAGGGAAAGGCGAGCGCUGCAAGGGAGUUGGUGGACGAGCUUCAGAGGGAAGUAGAGACCUUGCAAAGGGCGAUAGGGGCGCUGCAAGGAGAGAUUGAUAAACUGGUGGAGAGGGAAAAGGAGUUGGCAGAGCUGCAAGACCGGCUGUCGAUGCUGGAUCAUGCAGUGGACGAGGAGGAGAGGGACCUGGAGCGAGGUCUGCUUCUGCUUCUUACUGCUGCUGCUGCCCUGUGUUCACCCACCCCUCCCCACCCCUUCACACCCCUUCCAACCCCACAGAAACUGGUGGAGCGAGAGAAGGAGUUGGCAGAGCUGCAGGACCGGCUGUCGGUGCUGGACCAUGCAGUGGACGAGAAGGAGAGGGACUUGGAGCGACUGGCGGCAGCACUGCAGGAGGCCAACAAGAAGCGGUGGGCGCGGGCGCAGCAGAUCAAGCACAUGGAAGCAGAGAUGGCGGCUUUAAGAGAGCAGGUGCAGGGCCAGGUGGGGAGUGUGGGGAGCGCGAAUGAGGUAGAGGCACCACAAGCGCAGCAGAUGAAGCAAAUGGAGGCGGAGAUGGCGGCGAUGGGGAGGGAUGGUGAGGGGGGAAUGGAAGAGGAGAAGGUGGAGAGGGAGGAACAUGAGCAGGGGCAGAAGCAGGAGCAGGAGCAGGAGCAGGAGCAGGAUCAGAAGCAGGGGCGGGAGCAGGGGAAGGAGACGGUGAGGGAGUUGAGGGAAGCAAGGGAGGCGGUUCAGCGGUUGCUGAUAGAGGUGGAAGAGGGAAGAAGGGAGGUGGAGGAGAGGAGGAAGAGAGAGGAGGAGCUGAAGGAGGAGGUGGAGGAGGGAAGGGAGAGAGUGAGGGAGGUGGAGGGGCAGCAGAGAGAGGCGGAGAGGCGAGUGAGGGAGUUGGAGGAGGAGGUGUGUGGGUUGAAGGAGGUGCUGGAUAGGAGGGGUGAGGAAGAAGAGGAGAGAGUGAGGGAGGUUGAGCUGAAGCGAGGGGAGGCGGAGAGGCGAGAGGAUUCUGCAGCAGCAGCUGUGUUACAGGACAGAGUGUUUGCUCUUGAAAGGUGCGUUGCUGGUUCUGCUUCUAUGGGGUGUAGGUCUGGGAUGGUGUGUGGCCUUGGUGCUUCUAAGGACAGAGUGUUUGCUCUAGAAAGCUUCAUGCCCCCACUGAAUGUAUCUCCCUCUUUCCCUCUGUCCCCCUCACUCUCACCCUCUCUCUCGCCCUCUCUCUCGUCCGUCAUCCCUUCCAUUAACAGAGAAAAGACAGACCUUCUGUUUCAGCUGGAGCAGCAGCAACACACGGACCGCCUUCUGGCUGCCUCUGGCCUCACCCCUGCGCGAUCCAACCUUCUGUUGCCAACACCUGCUAAGACACCUGCUGCGACGCCUGCUAAAACACCUGCAAUGGCACCUGCGAGAACACCUGCCAAGGCUGAGUUUACAGCUACAACAUGCCCCACUACUGUAACAGCUGCUGCUAAGACACCUGCUAGUGCAGCCGCUACAGCCGCUACAGUCACCUUUGGUGCCGAACCGAAAUCGCCUCUUGCUUUUGGAGCUAAUGCAAAGACGCCCAUGGCUUUCAGUGCCCAAGCCAAGUCGCCCUGGCGGCGCCGGCCGGCUGAGAAGGUUCCUGGAAGUUCCCCGUGGAGGAGGAAUCUGCAGGGGGUGGGUGGGGGGGUGGUGGGGGGCUUGGCAGGGGCUGGGAGCGUGGGAGGUGGGGAGGGAGGGAGCGUGGGUGACAAAGAGGGGCAGAAGCAUGAAGAGGUUGGGGAGGAUAGUAGGUUCCAUGGGGGUUGA